AUGUCAUCUACAAAAACAACUUCUUACAAGGAUAUGAUUAAAACUGCCAUCCUUACUUUAAAAGAAAGAAAUGGUAGUUCACGUCAAUCCUUGAAAAAAUAUGUUCAAUCAAACAACGAUGUUAAAGGUAAUUUUGAAUCAUUAUUCAACUCUGCUUUAAGAAAAGGUGUUGCUUCAGGAGAAUUUAUUCAACCAAAAGGACCAAGUGGACCAGUUAAAUUAAAUAAAUCAACAGCUCCAUCAACCGAAACUAAAAAACCAGCUAAAAAAGUUACUAAACCAUCAACUACUACUGCUAAACCAAAAGCUGCUAAAGUUACUAAACCAACUACUAAAAAAGCUACUACUGCUCCAAAAGCCAAAAAAUCUGCUACUACUACUACUGCUGCUGCCCCAAAAAAGGCAGCUCCAAAAAAAGCUGCUGCUGCUAAAGCUGUUUCAAAAAAAGCAACUAAAGCUAAAAAAUAG